AGUCUUUUGGGUUAGACUAAGGACACGCUCACCAAAUACCCAUCACCAGAAAGGAAUCAACCCAAUCAACAUUCAGAAAAACAUUGGUGCGGAUAAUAUCAUAACCCAAAAAUGGCUAACCGUUUUAGUGUCAAGUUACAGAGUCGGCUGCCAAAUUUGGCGGGAAUUUAUCCAUUUUCAGCACCAAGAACAACUACCAAUUCAGUUCCAUGUUCUUCAAAGACACAAAAGUCAAGAAUUUUUGUUAAGAGGAGAGCUUUUCGGUGCAGAAAUAUUCCUCGUAGAGUGGUAUUGGGAAUUGGGGUAUCGUUGUUGUCUCAGUUCAUAAGCAUGGCUGGCAAUGUCGGUGCUAAAUCCUUCAUGGCUUCUGCAAGACAGAAGGGUGAAAUUGAGCAGGUUUUGAAGAAUGUUGAAUGGCCAGAACAAUUUCCUUUCAAGGAUGAGGAUUUCCAGCGGUUUGAUGAAUCAUCAGAUACAUUAUUCUAUGAAACGCCACGUUUUGUGACACAUAUUGAUGAUCAAGCUAUUGCUGCACUCACCAAAUAUUACUCAGAGGUCUUGCCUUCUAGUAACACUCCAGGAGUAGCAGUACUUGAUAUGUGCAGUAGUUGGGUCAGUCAUUACCCUGCUGGGUACAAGCAAGAAAGGAUAAUUGGAAUGGGUAUGAAUGAAGAAGAGCUUAAGCGAAAUCCAGUUCUAACAGAGUAUGUAGUUCAAGACUUGAACAAUAAUCCUAAGCUCCCAUUUGGUGACAAUACCAUUGAUGUUAUAACCAAUGUGGUUAGUGUAGAUUAUUUAACGAAACCUCUUGAUGUUUUCAAAGAAAUGUCUCGUGUUCUUAAACCUGGUGGACUUGCAAUUAUGAGUUUCUCGAACCGCUGCUUUUGGACAAAGGCUAUCUCGAUAUGGACAUCAACUGGAGAUGCUGAUCAUGUUAUGAUAGUUGGGUCGUAUUUCCAUUAUGCUGGAGGAUUUGAACCUCCACAGGCUGUGGAUAUAUCUCCUAACCCUGGGCGCUCAGACCCCAUGUACAUUGUCUAUUCCAGGAAGAUAGCGGCAGCCUGAAAUUCAACUACUGCCUUUAGGUCAUUCCAUUUCAGCUGUAGAGUUUUCUUGUGCCAUUGAUCACAUAAUAAUGUAUAGUGAAGAGUAAGUGAAAGGUGAGAUAGGUCUGUAUCUAAACAGCUCCUGAUCUGAGAGAAUGUAUUCCCUUAAUUUCCUUCAUCAAAAA